CCCAGUUCAUUUCACUUCAAUUCUUAUCCUUGACUUUAUCAAUCGCCUGAGCACGUUUUCUCAACUCACUCAGCCCCAUAAACUUGCUCACAUUCUGUUUAAGCUUACAUAAACUCAGCAUGGAGGAGGCGGAAUCAAGUGCUAGGUCCAUUGGGAAACGGAAGCUGCCCGUUAGAUCGAGAUCCGGAUGCUUGACGUGCAGGACCAAACACCUGAAAUGUGAUGAAGCAAAACCAGAAUGCCAGGUUUGUGUAUCGCGAGGUGUUCAGUGUGGAGGUUAUCAGCGCGGUUUGAGGUGGUCUACCAAACAUGAAAAACCAGCUGAACUCACUGAGCAUAAAUUCCGAACAUCGCCAAAGCAAACCUGCGGAACCAAAAAGCGUCGCGGUAGACCGCCAAAACGACAACUCGACACUGCAUCUACGGCGUCAUUCACCACCGCUGGUUCAGUAUACAGCUCCAACGACGCGAAUCAGGGAGUUUUUGGUGAAUUUAUGCUGAAUACACAGCCUUUGGAAGACCAGCAAGAUGUUCAGCUUUUGGAAUCGCAAACAAGUCCAACAGAUGACUUUAUAUCUCAGUUUCCGCUCGAUCUUCCUGUUGAAGGCCUUCCAUUGCCAGAGUUUGAAUGGACGCCUGACGCGCUGGAUCUAACGGCACCGACAUUUCAGGACUUUUCUGAUACAAGCACCGACCUCGCUCUGUUCCCCGUUCAGCAGAACUUCUCAACGCUCUUCGUACCCCCUCCAAUAACAGAUCUCUCAACUCAACUCGUCGAAUACUGGUUUCGCGAUAUUUGCUCGCUCUGGUCGCAGUAUGACUCACCGACAAAUUCGAAUCGCAUGCUAGCAACAACUUUAUGGUCAACUUCGGAAGCUGUAUCGACCAGUUUGCAGAGCAUGUCAUCGGCAUAUCUCUCAUCCAAGAUGCCGCAUAUGAAGAAGACUUCUAUCGCUAUGAUGAAAAAUGCUACUGAUGUUAUCGAGGCGGAACUACGCGUUGUCAAAUCGUCACCGAAUCUCGACACCGUGCCUAUGGGUCUUAUCUACGGGUUGUUUUGUAUAGGGACGAGUAUUUGUUGGUUGAACGCGACACAGCUGGGUAUACCAUUUCUCAGAGAGGCAAAGGCUCUUCUUCAUCGGAUAAACAAACAGAAGCGGCGCCUCUCGGAAGAAGAGAGAAAGCUUCUGAACAUUUUCAACAAGAGCUGGACAUAUUGUGAGUUGUUGCUCUCUGUUGUGUCAGAUACAAAUCCAUACAUCACAUACGAAGCCGAAGAAGUCGAGGAUAUCAGCGCAGACGAAUAUCCAACAGCCAUGCCCACCGAACCAGUCGUCGAUGACAUGCCGCAUCCCUGGACCGGUGUUUCGAACACAGUAUCGCGACUUCUGACGCAGACUUUGAGGCUCUGUCGAAAUUAUCGAUAUCAUGUUAAGCAUCCCGGACCUUUUGCGACGCGCGAUCACGCGACUGCACUGAAUAUGAUCGAAGAGGCCAAAACGUUGGAAGAGAAACUUUUGGGUCUUGAUUUCGAAUCUGCACCUGCAAAUACUGAGACGGGAGAUCAGAAAACGCCAUGUCGCCAUCUCGUUAACGUCGCUGAGGCGUAUCGUCUCGCUGGUUUAAUCCAUAUCUACCAAACCUUCCCUGAAUUGGUUCUGCUGAGAUUACCCGAUAAUCUCUCCGGUCCAGCAGAUGCACAUAUCCCAUGGGAAGAAUGCAUCACACCGCUAAGUCUUCGUCUGACAAAGUUAAUCGAGCAACUCCCUGCGGACUCAGGUAGUAAAAUGACCCAACCCCUCCUUUGCAUCACCGCCAGCACCGGUCUACGCUUCGAACCCUCCGAUACAACCUCAAGCCCCGAAAGCCAAGUCCCUCUCGCGACACCAACGCCUUUCGAUCUCGGUAGCACAGAACAUUGCGGUUUAUCAGAUUACAUCGGACAACUCAUCCAAGCAGACGAAGACAUUGAGCGAUUAUCAACAUCCACUGCCAGCGAGUCACGUCUCAAGAUUGUUGAGGCGAGAUGUUUUAUCGUUGGGAGGCUUGAUGCGUUGGAAGCGCUAUUGCCGCCGAGACCGAUUGUUGUGGCGAAGACGCUGGUGCAGACGAUUUGGAAUGAGUAUGAUAAGGAGAAACAAGGGGCUGCGACUGUGCAUUGGAUUGAUGUUAUGGAGGAGAAUAAUCUACGAUCUUUGUUUGGAUAGUGAUACCCAGAAUGAGAGCUCGAAAUUGACUGUCAAACUUACCCUUGUUAUGGUUUCCGUACCGGGUAAGGGGCGAAUUCUGCGCCUGGGUUCACAUGAGGACCAGUUUGUAGGGCUACAUAUAGACUAAGACUAGACUGGAUUGGGCACCAUGGUCCCGGUAACGGAUAUUAUCUUGUCACUUGCGAGAGAAAACGCCUUGAAACUGAAGUCUCUAUAUUAACUCAUGUUUCUAUAUACCUUCGGCUAGAUACAAGCCCGAAAGUCCGAGAUUAUAUACAUCGAAAGUAACAUCCCCAGCGAUUCCAGAGGUCAUCAAUACCUCUUCAAGCCACCUAGAUAGUUCCAAAGCCAGCACUAGCAGCAAGACCAGUGACGGAAGAAACAGGCUUAGCCUCAGCACCC